AAGUGUUCUACAACACAACGGUACAAGCAACAUGUUGGGAAUAAUCGUUCUAUGCGUGGCUUUCGUUUUGGCUAGUGGGAACCCUAUCCCGGCGUCACCCAUAGCGAGACCAGCUAUGGAUCCCUUCUAUCCGCAGGGUCGCAUAGUUGGCGGUCGAGAGACAACGAUUGAAGAACACCCCUGGCAGGUGUCUCUCCAGGUCUUGGGCUUUCACUUUUGCGGUGGAAGCAUCAUCUCUGAGGACACGAUUUUAACAGCUGGUCACUGUACCGUCAGCUAUCCAGCUUCGAUGAUGGCAGUUAGACUUGGCAGUUCCAGAACCGACAGAGGAGGUGUCCUGCACGAAGUCCGCGAAAUCGUACGCCACGAGAACUACAAAACCAACAUCUUGGGUAUUCCAGUAAACGACGUCGCUGUACUCAAGCUAAAAGCAUCGAUCAAAUUGGACAACACCAGACAGCCCGUUCCCCUCUUCGACCUAAACGAGGUGGCUCCCGAAGGUGUUUUGUCCACUAUCUCUGGAUGGGGUGACCUCGAAGAGGCUGGAGCGUCUCCAGACGUUCUUCACACGGUCGAUGUACCUAUUGUCACCAAAACAGAGUGCAACAAGGCCUACGAAUCUUGGGGUGGUAUUCCAGAGGGUCAGAUUUGCGCCGCAUUCCCAGCUGGAGGUAGAGACACCUGCCAGGGUGACUCGGGUGGCCCUCUCGUCCUUGCUGGACGACAAGCUGGUAUUGUAUCAUGGGGCAAUGGCUGCGCUCGAAAGGGAUACCCUGGAGUUUACACCGAAAUCGCAUCUUUCCGUGACUGGAUCAAGGAGCAUGCAACCGUAUAAAUAAUAUUUUUGGAUUGAAAUAUAUUUACUUGACUAUGGAAUAAAUAGAAUUGAUUAAAAUAAAAUUGUUUCCUGGAUCA